GCAAGCCGCGGGCCGCCGCGCAUGCGCACCGCGCGCUUUCAGCAUGGCCACGGUGCUGUCUCGCGCGCUGAAGCUGCCAGGAAAAAAGAGCCCGGACCUAGGGGAGUAUGACCCCCUCACUCAGGCUGACAGCGAUGAGAGUGAAGAUGACCUUGUGCUCAGCUUGCAGAAGAAUGGGGGAGUCAAGAACGGGAAGAGCACCCUGGAGGAAGUGCAGGACCCAGACUCAGAAGUGGAGGUCGAGGUGACAAAGCAGCGGCUAUCAGAGAGUGCCCCAGAUGGGUACCCUGCAGAGGCCACUGGCAGCCUGGAGCAGAAGGCAGCCUCCUCCCUGAUGCCAUACCUGCGCACAGCAGUCUUUUUGCUUACCAUGGUUAUCUCCAUGAUUCUGGUGCUGGUGUGCGCCUUUCUCAUUCCUUGUCCUCCCAGAGACUUGCAUAACACCUGGAACCGCAACCUAGGCCAGGAAGCAGGUGGAGUGCUGUUCCCACUGGAGCUCUCUGAUGUGAAUGGUGAUGGGCUCCCGGACAUCUUGCUCUCCUUCACAGCCCUGAUGAAUGCUAGCGUAUUGGGUGUUUCUACACCAUCGGUAACUGUGAUGGCCCUUUCGGGUGUGAACGGCAGCACCCUGUGGUCCAGCCACAUUCCAGAAGAAACUCGGAGUGUGCAGUGUAAAGGACUGACUCUCACAGCCCCAGCUGAGCCUGUCUGCCUUGUGACUGGAACAUCCAAAUUCCUCAGCCUUCUCCAGGCCUCCUCAGGGAAAACCAUCUGGACACUGAACCCCGCCCACCUGCCAAGUGGGACCCUGGCUGCACCAGCCGUCAUGCUGCCAGAUUUGGAUGGGGAUAAGGUUGGAGAUCUGGUGGUUCUGGCCAUCGGAGAGACCCAGCCAGACCUGUGCUUUAUCCUGGUAUCGGGUAAGACGGGAAACCCUCUGGGUGGGCCCGUGAAGUACAGCAUCAAUGGAGAAGGAAAACUGAUCGGCCCCCAAGCCCACAUUACCAGCCGAGGAGCCAUCUAUAUCCUGUUUGGCUUUGGUAAUGUCCAAGCAGUCGCCCUGAGGGAUCUCUUUGCCCAAGCCAGAAACCGUGACAGCUUCCCUCCUGUGCUGCAGCGGGAGGAGCCGGAGUGGGAGAAGCGCAGAUCUGUCAACUUAUCAGAGCUCAUUGACAUUUACAGCGGGGGCGUAGAGUUCCUGCAGAUGGUGAUGGCUUCAGAUACUAACUGCAGCGACCUCCUCAUCACCACAAAACACAACCUGACUCUGCUGCGAGGAGAGGACCUGGAGCCCCGCUGGAACCUGGAGCUGCAGGACAUUCAUAGCCAGCCUGCCCCUGGCUACUUCAAUGCUGACCAAACCCUGGACUUCAUGGUGCAGGCUCAGAGGAACGACAAUGUGAAAAAGAUGCUGGUGGUGGAUGGUAAAUCAGGCCUCCCUGUUUGGAGCUAUGAUCUCCCGUGUCACAUGCAGGAAUCUGAUGCACUGUCAGUGAUGACUUUGGAGAAGAAAUCUGUUUUUCUCUUCUGGGCUGACGAAAUGCAGCCUGCAUUACAAAACUUGGAGCCUGGCCCAAGAAACAAGCGUCCAGGGCUACACCACCUCUACCUCCUGCACCCUACCUUUCCUGCCCUCCUUUUGGACCUCACCAAUGUAACAGACACAGUGACUGCUUCAGCCAUUGGAAUUAACGAUCUCCAAAAAGAUGCAUUUUACAUCACCAUGACAACGAGCCCGACCUCCGAAAACCAGCCGGGCCUGCUGUUGGUCAGCAAGCUGGGCCUGCGGUGGGCCAUGCUCACUCAGAGCCGAAUGGUGCCGCUGAGGGAGACCACCUCAAAAAUCAGCCGUGGGGAAGUGAGGAGAUUCCUCUCCAGGCUGAAGUUUAUUGAUUUUCCUCACAAGUUCUAGCAUGUUGGCCCGUCAGGUUUCAAUAGCCAGGUGGACGUGUGGUCUAGGUGGGGCACGGGGAGCUGCUUGGCGAUUCCUCAGGACGUCCGCUGUGCCCAGGGAGUGGGGACUGAGCACUCUCUCUGUCCCCCCCCUCCCGCUUGCUGUGGAAUGGGAGCAACUGUGUGUGACCCCUUCCCCCCCACACCCUGCCUGCAUGCUUCCUUCUGGGUAACAUGGCAAUGAGAAGGCAGAGAGAUAGAGCUGUGAAUAGAAAUGGGUAUAUUUUUGUAUGUUUAAUUUAUGAACUGGUUCCAGGAAGCUCCCAUUUGUGUCCAACCAGCAUUUCCUGCCAUUCUGCACUAAUCUCUGUAUUUUUGUAGUGGAGCCUCUGCCUGGCUCCUAUAUGGCAGGGCUGGUCAUGGACGCUCCACCAGCUGUCCUACCUCUUUAUUUUACAGACACCAGGGCACUCCCCUUUUCCAUGUCCAGUUCCCAGUCUCCUGAACCGUCCAGCCCUCUAUGACCUUGGCAGGUUGGGAAUGUGCGCUCCAGAGGAGAAAGGUUCCACCCCCCCAUUCCAAUUGCCCCUCCCAACCAGGUUGAAGUGGCUGGUGGAGAGGCUUCCCAUUCCUAGGUCGCCCUUUCCCCUUGCUUUGUUUGCAGGCCCAGAGCUCCAUAGAAACAUGCCCAGUAUUCACAAGAACAUCACACCGUUUGUAUCCCAAA